CGCUGAUACAAGAAGGUCAAGAAGAUGAUGAUGAGUCGUAGGAAGGAAAACGACCAUGUUUCCGGUUAUGACGCAAUAUAUUAUUACUGUAUCCGUAAACAUGGAGGCUGUUGUUGACGAAGUUGUAACGCCGGAGGAUCUUUCGAAAUUUGAAAAGAAGUAUAAAGCCGAGCUAGCCAAGGCGGAUGUGACCAAAGAUACAAAGUUCGAAUAUGCAUGGUGUCUGAUCCGGAGCAAGUCCUCCGGCGACAUCAAGAAGGGCAUAGUUCUUCUAGACGAGCUGAUACACAAAGGAACUAAGGAUGACCAGAGGGACUACUUGUUUUACCUGGCAAUUGGAAACUACAAACUAAAGGAGUAUGAGAGAGGACUGAAAUGCAUCCGGAUUCUACUGAAGAGUGAACCAGGAAACACUCAAGCUCUGGAUCUGGAGACUCUCAUUAAGAAGGCGAUGAGGAAGGAUGGUUUGGUUGGCAUGGCCAUUGUCGGAGGAAUUGGCCUUGGUGUUGCUGGAUUGGCUGGUCUCGUUGGUCUGGUUGUGUCGAAGAAGAUCUGAGAGAUGUAUCGAAGGACUGCCCCAUUCUGCAGCCUGCCGUCUACAAAGUCCAUAUUCAAAUGAAUACACUAUAACAAGUAACAAAAACUUUUUUUGUGUUUUUUUUCCAUGUUUAUCCUUCACAUAAAACUAACCAGAAGUGCGAUUACCCUGUAUAGAGGGCACAAGUGAAAAGUGGUGAUACGUGCUAAAAGUUUUGCCAGGCUUUUGCUUAAGCCAACAAUGUAUGAUGACUGACACAUGGUAGCAUUCUGUCAGGAGCUGCUAAGUUACUCACUGUCCUCACGUUUUCAUUGCCUGUUUUGGGAAGGGGAAAAAAAAGAACCGAUUUAGGUCAAUGGUCUCCCACCCUAUAAUAAUCCCUCCAACACUACAACAUUGUGCACAACUGAUUAUACUAAUUAUCUGGUUGACGUGUUUAAAUCAGGGUCAUGGGUGUAUCUAGCCCUAUUUUGGGGGGGCUGGAGCCCCCCCCCCAAAAAAAAAGUUUCAUUAGCCCCCCCAAAAAAGUAUUAUAAUAUUAUUAUUUUUUUUUUCAUAUUUUAAAUCAAAAUGUGUUAAUUUCUCUUCCUAAAACCCACUAGAGGACACUAUUUAAAACGAUAUUUUCCAAAAUGAUGACAGUAUUUUACAAUUCCAGAAUGAGUAAACCCUAAAUGGAACCAUUUCGACAGUGUUUAAAAAAUAUAAUGGCGUAGUGUAUAUACAUAGCCUGUAUACAUACACAUGUAUAAAAUGUGUUACUGUUUUGAGUUUAAAAUGAAACAAUAAUGGUCACUAAGUUAUUUCAUGUUUUAUAUUGUUUGCAUGUUUUUUUGUGACACCAUUUUCCUGGUUUAUGCUGCCAAAAAAAGUUUGAGUAUUAUAAAUAAGUAAUAUAUAAAUAAAAUGUAAUGUACUUGUAAUAAAGAAACUAUUAAUUCUUUGGAA